CGCUUUAACACGGGAAUGUACGAGACCAAGAUGUCAGCGCCCAUUAGUUACACGUUUGUUGUAGAAUGCAUUGAGCGUUAAACUUUACUUUAUGCUCGGAUGAAAUAAAUCUGCAAUUUUAGAUAGUUUUAAUUUAAGGUAUUUAAAUUAUUGAGUAGGUCAACAGAUAUGGGUAAAAACAAAAGCAGGAGUUUGAAGAAGUUUCAAAAGCAAGCUGUCUCAAGGCCGAAAAAAGUUUUGAAAGACAGAAAAGCUAGCUCAAACUCAACACAAAAUGUCAGGCAACUUGUAACGUGGAAAUCUAAAGGAAAGGCGAAAAAUGUACAGAAUACCGAUUCAGAGUUGGAAGAAGUUACUGCUGGAUAUGAGAAGUGGCAGGUUCCUGAAGAUGUGGAGCAGGAUUCUGGAGAUGAGGAGACAGAAACAAGAAAAAUGUUGACGGAGCAAAACAAGAAAAAAAGAAAAUCAGGAGGCUUUCAAUCUAUGGGAUUAUCCUAUUCUGUGUACAAAGGUGUUACACGUAAAGGUUACAAGAUACCAACUCCUAUUCAGAGAAAGACAAUGCCAGUUAUAAUGGAUGGGAAGGACGUGGUGGCCAUGGCAAGAACAGGCUCAGGGAAAACAGCUGCAUUCCUGAUCCCUAUGUUUGAGAAACUGAAGGCUCAUUCAGCCAAGUCUGGUGCCAGAGCUCUGAUCAUGUCACCUACCAGAGAGCUGGCAGUCCAGACUCUCAAGUUUACUAAGGAGCUUGGAAAGUUCACUGGACUUAGGUCAGCAGUGAUCCUUGGCGGAGACAAGAUGGAUGACCAGUUUGCUGCCUUACAUGAAAAUCCAGAUAUCAUCAUAGCGACACCAGGGCGAUUCCUUCAUGUUAUGAUGGAAAUGGACUUAAAACUGAGCUCUGUGGAGUAUGUUGUCUUUGAUGAGGCAGAUCGUCUCUUUGAAAUGGGCUUUCAAGAGCAGUUGCAGGAAGUUCUGAAACGUCUCUCAGACAAUCGUCAAACCCUACUGUUCUCAGCUACCUUGCCAAAGUUGUUGGUGGAUUUUGCCAAGGCGGGACUGACUGACCCAGUUUUGAUCAGGCUGGAUGUUGAUACUAAACUUAGUGAACAAUUAAGGCUUGCUUUCAUCCAGUGCCGAGCAGAUGACAAGGUCUCUGUGUUGCUGUAUCUGCUGCACAAUAUUAUCCAGCCUACAGAGCAGACGGUCAUCUUUGCUGCCACCAAACAUCAUGUGGAGUACCUGCAUAUGAUCCUCACCCAGGCAGGAAUAACCAGCACUUACACAUACAGUGACCUUGAUCAGACAGCAAGAAAAAUCAACGUAGCCAAAUUCCAGCUGAAGAAGUGCAUGGUGCUGCUAGUGACGGACCUGGCCGCCAGAGGGAUAGAUAUUCCACUGCUGGAUAAUGUGAUUAAUUAUAACUUCCCUGCCAAACCCAAGUUGUUUGUUCACAGAGUUGGCAGAGUUGCCAGAGCAGGAAGGAGUGGCACAGCAUUCUCUCUGAUAUCAUCAGAUGAAGUCGCUUAUGUUUUUGACCUUCAUUUAUUUCUGGGACGACCUCUAAACUUUGCCUCCAUGACUGCAGCAGAGUCAGCAGAUCCCAAUCCUGAUGGCGUGUAUGGCAGAAUUCCUCAGUCUUUGGUGGAUGACCAGGACCAAAUCCUUCAAAUAUGGCAGUCUACCUCAGUCGAAUUGGAGGGUAUGAAGAAAGUAAGUGAUAAUGCCUACAAAGGUUACCUGCGGUCAAGGCCUCCUGCCUCAAGUGAGUCCAUUAAGAGGUCCAAACAGAUCCAGGAGCAGCACAUAGGGAUCCACCCUCUGUUCAGAUCUGCUGAUGCUGAGCUGGACAAUUUAAGAGCCAAACUGCUGAAUAGCAUGAAAAACUACAGACCAAAUACAACAAUAUUUGAAGUGAAUUCCACGGCCAGGUCCCAAGCAUUUGGUGUGAUGAAGGAGAAGAGGGAGAAACACAGCAAGGUGAUCACGACCAAGAGAAAGUAUACAGAGGAGGAGGAUGGAGGGAAGAAGGGAGGGCAAAGUGUCAGGUUGGAAGCAUGUGAGCCAAGCACUGAGGAGGAGUUGAAGAACACAUUUGCAAAGGUCAUAGUUCCUAAGAAAUAUGAUGAAAAUUUUAAACCAAAGAAAAAGAAAAGAAAAACAGUAGUGGUUAAGGAUGAAGAAUUUUAUGUUCCCUACAAGCCAAAAGACUUUGAAUCAGAAAAGGGGUUAAGUGUUGGCUGUAGCUUUGACCACCAAGCAGCCAGUGCAGUGUUGGACCUGACAGGGGAUGAAGACAGCAACAUGAGGAAGAUGCAAGGACACCUGAAAUGGGACCGCAAGAAAAAGAAGUAUUUAAGGGAGACUGGUCCAGGGAAAGAUGGAACAAAGAAGAAGAUUAAGACAGAAAGUGGCACUUGGAUUGCAGCCACAUACAAAUCUAAUGUAUACAAAGACUGGCUAGAGAGGAACAAGGUGUUAGAGCAAGAAAGGGGGGAGGAUCAAGAGAGUGAGGGGAAGACACAUGAGAGGAAAGGAAACUUUCAGGUCUUGGGACACAAGAGAAGAGGAAGAGGGCAUUUUGGUAAUUCAGACAGAUUGGGAUCAAAUAAUAAGAAAAGGUUCAAGUCAGAACUAAAACCUAAAGAGGUUAUUCUCAAACAUAGACGCAAGAAAGCACAAGUUCAGAGUCAACAAAAACGAAGGCAAAGAAUAAAUCAUAAGAAUAAGGCAAUGGCAGGACGCAGGGGAAAACAUUGCCAAGUUUGAGGUCAUUUAUUGCUGUUUCUUCCUUUUGUAAUAGCUCACUCAUUUCCACUCCACAUAGUUUUAUACUUCUUAAAAUUUAUAAUUUUGGUUCGCAAUGCAUAAGCUGUGACAUAAACUCUACACCAUUAUUCAGCCUGGGGUAUAUUAUUCUCAGUAGACUCCAAUACUGCUUUGAGGAUGUGAUUAAAGCAUUUUGUUUGAAUUUUAUAUGCAAUAUCUGUAUUAAAACUUCAAAUGAAAAUAUCAGUGAAAGUGAAAUUGUGAAAGGGCAUUUUUAUUUUCAUUUCUGUGUACAUCAAUACAAAAACAUUUUUGAAUUUAAAAAACUGUUAAAUGUAUAACGAAUGGGUAUUCGUCAUGGUCAAGUCUUUUUAUUCAAAGGUAAAUUGUUACAAAUCUGUUAACUAAACUUUGUAACCCAUGGAAAGGUUUGAACAAUAAUUUGAAAGCUUAAUUACUGACACACCUGAUGAUCUGGUGAGAAAAUCACCUACAAAUGUCUCUAUUGAAUAAAUGUUUUGUA